AUAAAUUCUUAGUAAAUUUGAUUAAAUUAACUACGGCAAAUAAUUAAAUUUAAAAUAUAUAAGCUAAACAAUUACUUAUAACUGAAAUGCCUUAUAGUCCAGUUAGUAAUUGGUUAUCAGCAACUGAAGACAUACGCUUACAGCAUAGAUUUUUAGAUGUUGCAAUGAAGCUAUCGCGUAAAACAUCUUUCAAUAAAACAGAAAUACAGCGAUUACUGCAGUUGCAUUUUAUAUUAACAACUAAACGAAAUAGAGUCAUGGACGCAGCAUGUUUCGCCGAGUUUAUGGAUACACUUUUGGAGUACAGAAAUGUUGAUGCUGUGGAAAAAAUGCAUGUAGUGUACUGCAAAGAGAAUAAAAGAUACUUGACUGGACAGGAAUUCGUUGAACUAUUGUCUGUGUUGUUAAGAGGAUCCUUGGCUGCGACAGUUAAAUUUUGCUUUGAUGUCUAUACCGAAAUGGUCAGGUCACCGAUGUACAUAAAAAAAGAAGACGUACUCGUUAUGGCCAGAAAGAACAACAUGAGGAUGUCCAAAACAGCUUACAUGGAGCAAUACAAUCGUGAUUACACCGAAUUCGUAAUGAGUGAGAUGGACAAGGAUCGAGAUACAAAAAUAUCGUACAGUGAUUACCGCAAAACAGUGGAUGAAGACAUUGUUUGGUUACAGUUCUUAGGACCCGUUCUCCCGACACGUGAUGCGAUAGAAUUGUUCUGGAGAUCGUUUUCGACCCGGCCGUUCGUCAACAAACUCGAAAUUGUAGAUGAUGAGAUAGAAAUCGUGAAUGAUGGGAAACCCGUAGCGAACGACAUUGGGUCGGCAAGCGUAGUAUCGUUCAGCAGUGACUCCAGUAUAGAAACUGACUCUGUUAUCCCGAAUGAAAAUGAACAUGGAAUAUCAGACACCACAAAUGUAUUGUUUUAAAUUAAAACGACUAUACACUCUACGGCCAAAAAUAUCAUAGCACCGAAGUUUCGAUGUUAUUGAAAGUCUCGCCAUUCCGUCAAGCAAAUUAUGGUCAAAUUAUGACAAAUCAUGGACACGAUCAACCAGUGUGCAUAUCUUUAUUGGCGGUAACUUUUGUUGCACUCGACCGAUCGGCGAAUGUACAAAAAACGCAAUUGACGGCAAGGCCUACGCGGUGAUACAUUUGAUCAAUCUCCAAUUGAUAACCGGAUCCGGACAUUUCACCGCAAACCGUUUUAUACCACGACCAAUUUUCCGCAGACUGUUUUUCCGUGGGAUUAGUUCACCUCCUAAACAAAAAUUACACGUAAAAUGUCUGUACGUUUUAAGGUAUUUCAAUUUACUAUACAAUACACCAUGUAGUUUGGUCAUGUUGUAUUGGCUUCUACAGAAAAAAUUUUUUAAGAAUAAUUAAUUCGUUAAUUAAUUUUGAUAGUAUCUCAAAAUUAUUUUCUUUCCAUUUAAUCUGGCUUUAAAUUCAUAACUUGAAACAAGAAUUUACUUAAUAUCUUAUUAAGAAUCUACCUUAUUUAUCUCUUUUUCCUAAAAAUCAACCACUUAUUAAGUCAAACAUUUUUUUUCUUUAUUAAUACAUACAUACAUAUUUUAGUAUAAAAAAGAUGGUAAAGUAAGAAUUUGUCGAUCGAACUUCGUUUUAAAGUUAUAGCAAUUUGAAGUUCACGAUUUUGCGUUGUUAUUUCAGGUUUUGCAUUUAAAGCCAGAUUAUUUGCAAUGAAAAAAAAAUUGAGAUCUAUCAAAAUCAAUGAACAAAUUAAAUAUUCUUAAAAUAUUUUUCUGUAGAUGUCAAUGCAACUUAUGACCAAACUGUAUGGUGAACUGUACAUUUAAACACCUCAAAGUGUACAAACGGACAAUAUAUAUACAGUGUGUUCACCAAUUUAGGGAACACUGAAUAUCUCGGCCGGAUUGGAUUGGAAUAAAUCGAUUUUUUUUGUAAAAGCUAGUGGUAUAUAAAUACAUAUUUUCAGAUAAAUUUCAAAUUUUUAACCUCUCGAUACGCGCAUGCGCAAUGCAACUUAUCUUUUUUGAAUAGCAACCUGUAUUUUUGAUACCAAAUUCGGAUAGACUGAAUUUUUUUUAAGUCAUUUUGACCAAUUAAUGGCUCUAAAACCAAAAUUUUAA